AUGAUUCCCCCUUCCUCUCCUACCAAUCCCUCAUCCGCAACCGUUCCCAUCCUUCUACUCCUCGCAACCCAUACGAUCAACGCGAACAGCUCACCGCCACCAACCGACCAACUCACAACAGUCUUCCCAUUUUACCCCGUGGGUGCGCUACAGAUUGUUAUCACAUUCCUCGAUCAUCGCUACAAAUCGAGAUACGUAUACUGCGAUUCGUCUUCUGUAUCGCAGUCUGUGUAA